AAAAAUGCUGAUAAGUUAAGAAGGCUCGUGCGAUUGAAAUCAGCAAACCCUAAUCAAGAAAGGUCCAGGCGUGCUGGUUUCAUGGGUCUUUUUGGACACAGAGUUGAUCUACUUGAUCACUAUGAAAAGAAGCUAGAAGAUAUAGAAGAAAAUGUAAGGGCCGAACAAUCUUCAACUCUGGGAAAGGAGGUAGGAGCUGCCUUUGUAUCUUUCAGGACACGUUUUGCUGCAGCUGCAGCUAUACACAUGCAGCAAGGUGUAAAUCCCACACAAUGGGUCAGUGAGCCAGCUCCUGAUCCAGAGGAUGUGUAUUGGCCUUUCUUUUCAGCAUCAUUUCUAAAGAGAUGGAUUAGCAACUUGGUUGUCAUUGUAGCAUGUGUCCUCAUUACAGUGUUAUUUCUUAUACCCGUUUUAAUCGUCCAAGGGCUUACACAUCUUGAGCAGUUGGAAACCUGGUUUCCUUUUUUGAAAGGUUUACUUAGAAUAGCAUUUGUUAGCCAAGUGAUUACCGGAUAUCUUCCUAGUCUUGUACUUCAGCUGUUUCUAUAUCUUGUUCCAUCCAUAAUGAUUAUGCUCUCAUCCAUACAAGGGUACAUUGCUUUGAGCCAGAUAGAGAAAAGUGCAUGCAUCAAAGUUCUGUGGUUUACUAUAUGGAACAUUUUCUUUGCAAAUGUGCUCUCCGGAACAGCUCUCUAUCGUGCUGAAAUUUUUCUUGAGCCCAAGAAAAUACCUGCUGUAUUAGCUGUAGCAGUUCCUGGACAGGCAACUUUCUUUAUUGCAUAUGUGGUUACAUCUGGAUGGACCAGCACUUCUUCAGAACUUUUUCGUCUGACGACCCUCAUUUUCAAUUUUAUAAAGAGAAAUAUUUGUAGGAAAUUUGAUGAUGAGUUUGAGGUCCCUUCAGUUCCUUACCACAGUGAGAUUCCCAGGAUUCUUUUGUUUGGCCUCCUUGGUAUAACAUACUUCUUCCUCGCUCCCCUAAUUCUGCCAUUCCUCUUGGUUUACUACUGUCUGGGAUAUCUCAUCUACCGGAACCAGCUGCUUAAUGUUUAUGCACCCAAGUAUGAGACUGGUGGAAAGUUGUGGCCUAUAGUGCACGAUUCGAUGAUCUUCUCCUUGAUACUGAUGCAUGUUAUAGCCAUUGGAAUAUUUGGGCUAAAGAAACUUCCUCUUGCUUCAAGCUUAAUAGUUCCCCUUCCAAUCCUUACUCUUGUGUUCAACAGCUAUUGCCGGAGACGUUUCCUACCUAUGUUCAAGUCUUAUUCUGUCGAGAGCUUGCUAAAAAAGGAUAGAGAGGAGCAAAAUGAUCCUACAAUGGCAAGUUUUCAUGAUAGAUUAGCCACAGCUUAUCAAGAUCCAGCACUAAUGCGUGCCCGAUAUUCUGGAAAUAGUGAAAGUAUCAAUGCUCCCCUUCUCCGCACUUCUGAAGCUGAUACUUAGGAUGUAAUUGAGCUAUUGCUAGUUGUAGUUAUGUCAUACUUUUAGUUGGCAAACAUGUGAAUUUUACAGGUUUGUAAGAUGAUCUGAUUAUGGGACUCACCAAUACGUAGUUUUGAGUUCAAUCUGCUACUCUGUAUAACACCAUCUUUUAGUUGUGCGAUUGUUCAAUGAUUUAGCUCGAGUAAUAAAUUAUAUAGUUUGAGAUUUGCAUGA